GGAGUUGACGUGACGCGCGCCUAUGGCGCCUUUAUUUCGGCGCCGUAUCCUGGCUAUUCAAAAUGCAUGGCACCGAAGCGUGUUAAUUGUAUGCAUCCGGCUCGUUCUGCUGGUAUCAGAACGAAGAAGGUCGAGCGACGUCUUCAUGUCUAUUCCUCACACAAUGAUAUAGGAUCGCUCUUAGAUUACAGUUCGAAUGCCCUUUAUGAAGCAUUUUCUAAAGGCAGCAAUGCUUCAUUUGGUGAGUGUUUGGGCGCUUCUGCCGCAUAUGUGUUCCCUUUGAUGGAUGUAGUUGAGAACUUCGGAGAUACAGUAAAACCACACGUACCGGAGAUCGCACAGAUGAUAAUAGAUCAACUUCGCAGCAUAUCUCAAUUUUAUGGUUCCGUACCCUUCCUCUCGUCUACGAUGUCUACAUUGAUCUACUCAGGUUUGGUUAAAAAGAACCAGUAUGACGUCUCCUACUUUGUUAGAUAUCAUGUUUUACAAUCGCAAAUACUUUCUUCAUUUCAAAAUACAUUGGCUAUGUUUUACUUUAAGCUUCUGCCGUUUGAUCCGUCCUCUCAAGAUUUUCUACCGACAGUUUCUCUAAUGUCAGCUAUAUUUGCUUCUUUUGGAGCCGUAUUUUAUUGUAUUGGGAGUGCUGUUUUUGGCCGUUACGCGUCACUCCCAAUCAUAUCAGAGGCGGUGCAACUACAUAUAGGCGAGAUUCCUUCAAACAGCAAGAUAAAUAAACCGGAAGAAGAAGAUACAGACGACGAACAAUCGGGGUGAACUAAUGUA